GUGUAUAUUUGAAGCGCACCUUUUCUGUUCGUCACGUGACCAGAAGCCUGCUGCCACCCCAGAGAAGGACGCCGGUGUCGUUAAAGCCAUGAGCCAGCUGAUCUGGAACUAAGCCGCCACCGACGGCGUGCUUACGUGCGUCGGUGCUCGUCUUUUUAGUGUCUUUGUCGUCAUGGCCGUGAGAGCCGCCGCGGAGGGUUUGACGUGGCGCCGCUUGAGGUGUUUACGCAUGCAGACUGUCAUGGCGGCGGUCGGCAGGCGAGAGUGCAGUAAAGUAGCGACCCAACAAGACGCAGGCCCUCAGAGGUCAAAGUUCAGGCCGGCGCCCAGCUCCACACACGACUGGAUCGGCCCCCCCAACCCUCUGUCCAACCUGCGACCCGUGAUCUACCGCGUCCCCGAGAACGAGUCCGAGCUGGAGGGACGCUUGAGAACUCUGAGGCAGGACACCGAGGACUGGAACCACCGCUUCUGGACCAAGCAGAAUCUCAGCUUCAGCAAGGACAAAGACGCUUUCAUCGCCUCCCAGCUGAAGGUCCAAGGGUUGUCUGAGCGAGACGGGCAAGGACGGCGUCGCGCUCUGAGCAGCGAAGAAAUGGCCGUGUUCUACAAACGCUUCUUGGACAUAAACAAAGAGCGACACGCUAACUACAACAAGGAGUGGUAUCGCCGCAACUUCGCCAUCACCUUCCUCAUGGCCCGCGUCGCCAUGGGCAACCUGUGGAGGAGCGUCACCAAUAAACACAACAGAUCUCAAACCUAACCGCUCACCUGUCCAGCGUCUGUUCCUUUGUCGGGUCGCGGGGGCAGCAGCCUAAGCAGAGAAGCCCAGACUUCCCUCUCCCCAGCCACUUCGUCCAGUUCUUCCCGGGGGGUCCCGAGGCGUUCCCAGGCCAGCCGGGAGACAUAGUCUUCCCAACGUGUCCUGGGUCUUCCCCGUGGCCUCCUACCGGUCGGACGUGCCCCAAACACCUCCUUAGGGAGGCGUUGGGGUGGCCACCUCAUCUGGCUCCUCUCGAUGUGGAGGAGCAGCGGCUUUACUCUUGAGUUCCUCCCGGAUGGCAGAGCUUCUCACCCUAUCUCUAAGGGAGAAACCCGCCACCCGGUGGAG